UCAGAUAAUCUCAUCUUUACCACAUGGAUGCAACAACUUUAAAAAGAUCCAUAAAAGCUCUCCUAGAACUUCAAUGGAAAAAUAUAUUUUUUCCUUCUAAAUAAUUUACCUCUGAUUUCAGGAAGAGGACACUAGGAUAAUAAAUCCAGAGCCUCACAUUGCGCAGGUUUCCCAGCUGUUGGCGCGCGCUGGUGGGCGGGCACCAGAUUUGAUCUGGGUGGAGUCAAAGCGACGCUUUUAGGAAUGGGUCCCAAACAUUUUUAGUUAGACAGCAGUUUAGCAAGGAAAGCAGGAGGCACCUGAUGGUCUCUUUGGGACAAUCCGCUCCAUGUUGCUCCUCUCCUAACUGUCUCUAGAUACAUCUACCUCCGGGCUUCAUCACUUUCGAAAGUUUCUCUCCUCUUCUUCUCCUGCGCCCAAAGACCUGUCGAUUAUUAUUUUUGCACUAUACUUAUACUUUUUAUUUGUUUAAUUUAUUGUACAUUGCACUUACGAUGCACACUACGCAAAAGGACACGACCUACACGAAGAUUUUUGUCGGGGGUCUUCCCUACCACACCACGGAUUCCAGUCUCAGGAAAUAUUUUGAGGUUUUUGGUGAGAUUGAAGAAGCGGUGGUCAUCACCGACAGACAGACUGGCAAGUCAAGAGGCUAUGGAUUUGUUACAAUGGCGGAUCGCUCAGCUGCAGACCGAGCCUGCAAGGACCCAAACCCAAUCAUUGAUGGCAGGAAAGCCAACGUCAACCUGGCCUAUCUGGGAGCAAAGCCUCGUGUGAUGCAGCCAGGUUUUACAUUUGGUGUGCCCCAAAUUCAUCCUGCUUUCAUCCAGAGGCCUUAUGGCAUCCCAGCUCACUACGUGUACCCCCAAGCCUUUGUCCAGCCAAGUGUGGUGAUCCCCCACGUGCAGCCCGCGGCUGCUGCACCAGCCACCGCCUCCUCCCCGUACAUCGACUACACCGGAGCGGCCUAUGCGCAGUACACCGCCGCUGCCAACGCUGCAGCGGCCGCGGCCUACGAGCAAUACCCCUACGCCGCCUCUCCCGCUGCCACGGGUUACGUCGCCACCACCGGUUACGGUUACGCUGUACCCCAGCCGUUAGCCGCUGCUGCCCCGGGCUCGGCUGCUGCCGCCGCCGCCGCAGCGUUCGGCCAAUACCAGGCUCAGCAGUUGCAAGCCGAUCGAAUGCAAUAGCACCAAUGCAGAUUAAGCAAAGAGAAGAUGGAGACUCUUCACCAAAGCUGUGUAAAACAUAAGGACAAAGGUGGAUUAGCUUUUAGGGGUUAGAAAGGUGAUGAUGAUGGUAGUGAUGAUAAUAGUGAGCUGGAAACUUUUAUCAGUAACUCUCCAACUUGCUGUGCUUCAACCAAAAAAAUAAAAAAAAAAAAGAGGCGGAAAAUGAAAAAAAAAAGUUGCAAAUGGUACAAACGAUUUGUUGUUGUUAUGAUGAAUAUUAUCAUUGUAGUACUUAUAGAACAAAAUGCAGGAACUAAUCACAGAGGUUGGUUUACAGUAAGCCUUUAAGUCCUAUUGCUGUCUUUAGUUUAGGAAAAUGCUCUUGUUCCACCUGUCGUGCUCCUCACACGUUUAGGUUAUUUAAUGCCCUCGUUACAUUUCUAUUUAUUAUAUUGUCAUACUACACACUGAGGGCUUUGUUUGUUAUUCAUGUAUUCAAUGUGUUUUUUUUUUAGUUGAUAUUUUCAGAUAAUCAGGGAAAUGGAACCGUUUCCAAAGUGUUAGCUACUAAUGUGCAGGAUGUGGAGGACACAUUUUGAAGAACUACCUUUCUAUCUUCCUGAUGCUGAAUGUCCUUCUUUAUUUAAAGAUCUAUGCAAAGCGAACAAAUCACAGCGAGGCAGGAAAAGAAAAGACAGAAAAGGUCACGAUGACGCGACUCUUGGACUUAAGUGCACAAAGGAAAAGCAGUGACAAUGAAAAACACAAAAUCUGUCUUUUCUUUGUUUGUUUUUUUUUUUGUUUUGUUUUUCGGUCACACGUGUGCAUCUAGAGCUGCACACAUGGCAGUCGGAAACAAAGGCAGCACAGUCGAGCAUCUCUGAUGGAGAGAAAGAACAAAAAAAGAGAAAGAGUGGCUACUGGUGGAGUGGGGGGGUUGGAUGAUGGACGGAGCCGCUCCACAUAGACGGACGGCUCUGGAAAGAACGCAUCACUUGUGCUCAUUUGUUGAGCUGUCACAUUUUAAUCCCCCAGCCAAGCCCUUUGGGAACCAACUUUACGGCACGGAGCGCCCCCCGCCACUAACCCUCCAGUCAUUCAGCUCUGUCUCCGUCAGCAUUUCCACCCCGGUGCUGCUGCGGUCCGCUGUCAGGUGUCCCUUCACAAAAACUUUACCAAAGCCAACUGGCCUGCCUCGUGUGGGGUGGAGAGGAAGGGCUUUUCAUGUUGUGUACGGUCUAUGUGCCUUUCAUUUUUACUACUAAUGGAAAGGAUUACAAAACAAGAAAAACAAAAAAAUGUACUAUUUAAGGUAUUUAUUUUCAAGGGUUGAAACUCUAAGAGUAGAGACUUAGUGGCAGUACUGUAUUAAUAAUAAUAUUAUGUACUCAUCUCAAGGCAUAUAUAAGUUAUUGAUUAGUUUUAUUAUUAUUAUUAUUAACACACUCAACCAAAAUGUUGAUAGAAAAGCUAUUUCUUAUAACGUUAUGUGCACUGUAUUUCUAUUUUUUAUUCCUUAGAACAUGACAUUAAAUAUUACUUUCAUAUCUUUUGUAUGAGAAAACCUUUAUUUAAGUGCUGACCCAUCUGAAUGCCUACUGUAUUCUGUCUCUUCUGUGCUUUUUUUUUUUUUUUUUUUUAGAUGACAGGAAAUAUUAGUAGCAAAAGUUUUGACAAAUACAAGCAAAGAAAAGCUGCUUUCUUCUGCUAGAAUGUGUUCUCGUCGUGGAGGUUUCAGUAGCUGUGCUUAUUUUGCUUCACAUUCACCAGACGGGCAGUUUGACACUGUUGGUAACUUUUAUACUUGAACUCUUUCUUACAAGGGAAACAUGAAAAAUAAGUGACAAAAAAUAAAAAAAUAAAAAACUCAAAGGUUUUCACUGUCGCUGGAUGAAGGCUUGUUCAGUGUUGCUAUUUAAGGUCCUGUAGAUAAUAAUAGACUUUGUCAAAAAUUUCAUCAUCAUUUACUGAAAUUGGAAUAAAAUGUUCUAUAUUUGAAAAAAAA